AGCUGUUUUUUGUGAUGUACCCGGGUUGUGUUUGUAUCUAUAAACGUGUGGUGAUAGAGUAUCAAUGAGGUUUAAGCAAUAUAUUUGUAGUAAAGUCACAAGUGUUGUUUUAAUAGGAUUAUCUUUACUAAUUAGUACUCUUAUAUAACCGAGUCACUGUAAAAUGACAAUCAGACUUUCACUUUUAAAAAAAAAAUUGUAGUGUUUUGCUGUCCUUAAAGGAUUACAACACCAACAGUGUGCAAACAUUUACUAACUUGGCAGCUGUAAAAUGGAUGUGUUGAGACCGACAUUGAUUAACAUAAAUGGACGAUUAUACCGAAAAAAUGCAGUCAAAGAGCAAACGUAUCAAAAUGACGAAGAAGAGGAAUUUUCUUAUUCAGAAAAUUCACUUUGUACGGACGAGCCAUGUGACUCUCUUCAGAUUGAACAGACCGAUAAAGGAUAUCGUUGUGCUAUAGAUGUACCAAGUGUCCUUUACAAGUACAUUAUAGGGAAAAAAGGAGAAACUAAGAAAAGACUGGAAACUGAAACUCGGACGUCUAUCAACAUUCCAAAACAAGGUGUUGAGGGUGAGAUAGUUAUCACAGGACAACAACGAUCAUCUGUGAUUUCUGCUUGCACCCGCAUUGAACUUCUAGUAGAAAGUUUUCGGAAGAAGCAGCCUUUCACUCAUUUCCUGUCAUUUGCAUUGAAUGAACCACACAUCCAAAAGCAGUUUCUAAAGUUUAAAGAGGAAGUUCUCAGCAAAUGUUCUCAGGAUAAUGGCAUUGAUGGCAGCAUCUUUCAGAACCCAGCCAAACUUCAUUUAACUAUUGGCACUUUAGCAUUGCUGAAUGAAAAGGAAGUGAGGAAAGCAUGUGACUUGCUUCAAGUCUGCAAGGAUGAAUUUAUCAAGGACAUCACAGGAGUGAAGCCUCUUCCCAUAACAGUUGGAGGUAUUGAAUAUAUGAAUGAUGAUCCAGCUAUGGUUGAUGUUUUAUAUGCUCAAGUUCAAGCUCAGGACGGUUCUGCCAAGCAUCAAAUUAUUGCUGACCAACUACUGGAACGUUUUGUUGCAUCAGGACUAAUGACCAAGGAAUGGGACAGAGUAAAACUUCAUGCAACUGUUAUGAACACAAUCUUUAGAAAGGAUCCCACAGCCGAGGAUAAAGGUCCAACUGGCUUGGUGAGACAGGAGCGGGAGUCUUUUGAUGCACGAAAUGUAUUAAAGAUGUUUGAACGAUAUCAUUUUGGUGACCUGGAUCUGAAUGCUGUUCAUUUAUCUCAGAGAUACUCAACUGACAUUUCUGGUUACUACACAUCUUCAGGGUUUAUCACAUUUUCAUGAAGAAUAUAUCUCUUUGGUGGUGACCUUGGUUGUAUAUGAUUGUGCUAAUAGAAAAAUAAUGUGCUAAAAACAUUUGCUAUAUUCAGAUGAAAUUUAAACUUAAGCAGCAAGAAACUUUUCUAGUCAGUGUCAUGCAUUAUUGUAUUGAUGUACUGUUUAUUUACCCUUUAAAUCAAGGAGUUGCAAACAAUCUUUUCCACCCAAAAUAAUGUAUAUACCAGAAUAUAGAAUUUUAUAACUCGUGUAUAGCCCUUUAUAGCAAAUGCUUGAUAUAUAGAAAUCAGUAGACAUUCUUUCAUAAAAUCUUACAGAUUGGAGACAAUUUUUUGUAAUUGCAAAUUCAAAUUUAUUGGCAUGGGAAAUAUAAGGGCUAAGUGAAAUACAGCAGUGAUCUCUACCCAAAAUGUUUAUUGUAGCAGAUGUGUAGUAUUAUGAAAGAAUGGAUUAUUUUUUCAGAAUUAGCUAAAUUACCGUGGAAUACAUCCAGUUUGACAUUGUGUGAAUGUUGAUGUACUCAAUUAUUAGCACUGCUACCUAAUGCAAUAAUAAAAAUGAAAGACAAUUAAACAA